UUACAUGGCGCACAGGCGAAGCUCAUUUCAACUGCAGACGCGACAGCGAACACCUUGAGUAGCGCGCACCAUCACUUCCCAAGCAACUGAGCCGUCGUACUUUGUCAUUUGCGUGUGCGUGAGUGUGUGUGGAUUAGUGUUGUGUGUCAUAAGUAGGCAAAUAAAUAUACGCAGGCGUUUCAGCAGUUUCCUUUACGCACGCGAAAGUGAUCAGAUGAUCAACGGAAGUGUGGAUUGGAGUAUAAAAUUUCGAACAGUACAGGGAACCGGAAUAUUAACAGUACAGGACAACAGUGUGAAGUGGAUAAAGAGUGGUGUUUUUUUUAUAUAAAAAUCUAUAAUUAAAGCAAUUUAACCUUGAAGAAAUAGAAGUGAAUGAACUCUGCUGCUCCAUAAGAAAAUUUUAAGUUUCGAUUUUUUUAUAUAUUUUUUUUAAAUAAACAUGGCUUAUAUAAUCAAAUAUAUUUAUCGGCUAUUGCAUGAUAUAUUCGAGCAGCACAAAGAUCCGCGCGUGCAACAUUUGCCGCUGGUGGGCUCGCCGCUGCCCGUGGCCGUUUGCCUUAUUGCCUAUUUGUCCUUUGUUUUGCAUUACGGUCCCAAAUGGAUGGAGAAUCGAAAGCCAUUCAACUUGAAAUAUAUCAUGCGCGUUUAUAAUGCGAUACAAGUGCUUGCCAACUUAAUUAUAUUUUUUGUUGGCGUACCGAAUUCGUAUAUGCGCAAGGAGUUCAGCUUAACAUGUCAACCGAUUGACCACACCAACACCGAGCCCUGGAUGUGGAUAGUCAUUUAUCUUACCUAUCUCUAUUACAUCACCAAGUAUUUAGAUUUACUUGAUACGAUUUUCUUUGUGCUGCGCAAGAAAAACAAUCAAAUCACCUUUUUGCAUGUUUAUCAUCACGCCGGCAUGGUUUUCGCUGUUUACGCGUUCACGACCUUCUUGACAGGCAGUCACAGCACCAUGAUAGGCGUCAUCAAUGCCCUCAUACACACCGUCAUGUAUGGCUAUUACUUUGUGACGUCCGUGUGGACCGUCAAACGCGCCCUCUGGUGGAAGCGUCACAUAACCCAGCUGCAGCUGCUACAAUUCGGCUAUUUAUUCAUACACUUUUUGAUGGCCAUCGUGCGCAACCAUUGCCAACAUCCGUUGAUUAUAUCCUUUGUCGGCCUUAUACAGAAUCUAUUCAUGUUUGCCUUGUUCCUCGAUUUCUACUACAAGGAAUACAUAAGGAAACCGAAAUUGCUGUCUAGGGAGCAGCAACGUCAACGUCAACAACAGCAACAGCAAAAGCAGCUGCAAAAUUCGCAGACGCCUUCACAACAGCAAGGCGACGCGGCAACGCAACGCAAACAGUCGGUCAAUGUGCAAACACCGUUAACCUCCGUCGAGUCGGAUCAAUGCGAGCAGCGUCUGCAGCAGACAUGCGUCACGCAGACGUCCGAGCAAUUGAAUUCAAGUGGCAAUACGGCAAGUGGGAAGCAACUCCCAGCUGUGCCAGCGUCUAGUUUGCAUAAAGCGAAAUAUAGUUAAAGUAAUAUAAUCGUGGAUUUUUCACUUCCGUUCAUUUGAUUUUUUUCUUAAUUAUUAUUUUUUAUUUAAACAAAAUGCUACACUUAUUUAGUCUUUUAAUCAAAAAUAUUUUCUGUGUAAAAUAGUUAAUUUCAGCAAUGAAGUAUUAAACGACCGAAUUGAGCGUUA